CAAUUACCUCAGUGAACAGGCUCCUACAUGCCACUGUUAAUCCUUCUCAUCAUUUUGUUGUAACACUUAUUGCAUGGAAUUUAACAUCAAACAAAUAAUUUGUCAGGUUCCUAUGAGUGUUGGAAUUUUCCAAAAUUAUCUUCCCACGACACAUAACAAGGAGGCUUUAAAAAGAGCUUCAAUAUUGCAUGAGUUCUCCCUUGAAGAGAAAAACAAGUCAGAGAGCCCACUAGAGGGAAGUAGCUUGCAAGUUCAAAAACUAUCCUGAAAGAGGGUAACAGCAUCCUUUCUACUGGUUCAUCUAAAUAAAAUAGGUUUCCGGUGCUGAGUAUCAAAUUGUCUCUGAUUAUGACUUUGUAGUCAUGAUGUUGCUUGAAGUGAUACUGGCUGCUGUUUUGGGCACCAUUAUCUACUUGUUCCUGACUAAGAAAAAGGAGGAAGAUCUGCCUAUGGGAGAUGGGUGGUGGGCUGCAGGACAGAAGCCUGAUUCUUAAGAAGAUACAAUAAUAUGUCCUUUUAAAGUGGUCACCUCAGAGGAGGAGAUCAAGGAUUUACAUCAAAGACUUGACAAAGCUAGAUUUGUAGAGCCAUUAGAAGACAGUUAUUUUCAUUAUGGGUUUAAUGCAACUUACCUUAAGAAAAUUGUCUCUUAUUGGAGAAAUCAGUUCAACUGGAAGAAACAAGUGGAAAUUCUCAACCAAUUCCCACAAUUCAAAACAAAGAUUGAAGGAAUUGAUGUCCAUUUUCUUCAUAUAAAACCUCCGCACUUGUCUGAAGGGCAGUCUGCUAAGCCUUUAUUGAUGAUCCAUGGUUGGCCUGGCUCAAUGUAUGAACUAUACAAAAUUAUCCCCUUUUUGACUGACCCUGUAAACCAUGGCCUGAAUGGUGACCAUGUUUUUGAAAUGAUUUGCCCUUCCAUUCCUGGCUUUGGCUUCUCAGAGGCUCCUCACAAAAAAGGCUUUAAUCCUAUGUGUGCUGCCUGUAUCUUGUAUAAGCUAAUGCUCAGACUGGGCUUUCAUAAAUUCUACGUUCAGGGAGGGGACUAUGGGUCUCUGAUAAGCACAAAUCUGGGUCAGAUUGCUCCAAGCCACGUGAAAGGCAUUCACAUAAAUAUAGUAUUUUUGAGCACCAUGAGCUUCAAGCAGCUACUCUCCAUUCUGUUGGGACAAUAUUUUCCAGGACUAUUUGGCUUCCAGGCAGAAGAUAUUCAACAAAUCUUUCCUUUCAAAAAAAAGGUGCUCAAUAGAAUUCUUCUGGAGACUGGCUAUCUCCACCUUCACGCUACAAAGCCAGACACUGUGGGCUGUGGCUUGAAUGACUCGCCUGUGGGAUUGGCUGCAUACAUCUUGGAGAAAUUUUCUACAUGGACUGAUCGCAGUUUUAAAAAGCUAGAAGAUGGAGGACUAGAAAAGAAGUUCACUCUGGAUGACCUUCUCACGAAUAUAAUGAUCUAUUGGACUUCAGGUUGUGUGGUUUCUUCAAUGCGCUUCUACAAAGAACUUUUGGGGAAGGGUAUUGGCAUUGAAAAACAUGAGACGCUCCCUGUGAAAGUUCCCACAGGAAUUGCCUCAUUUCCCAAUGAAGUCCUUCACAUUCCUCAGUCAUGGGCUCGAAAGAAGUAUGCUAACAUCGUUUCAUUCAACUUCAUGCCUCGAGGAGGUCAUUUUGCAGCUUUUGAGGAACCAGAGCUCCUUGCAGCAGACAUCCUACAGUUUGUAGAUAAAGUAGAAAAAGCCACUUUUGACCAAUGACGAAGAAAGUUUCUGACUGGGUGAUGGAAAUAGUUUUACCUUCAGCACAGGACUAUUGAAAUUAAAUAUGGGAAAAAGUGAUUAGGGUUAAACUAUUAACAAUUGUUCUUAGGUACUUUGUAGUUUUGAUUUUUCUUAUGUUAAUUGAUUAAAAUCAAAUACUCCAUUCAAGCUGAACCCAUGAUGAGCUAGUACAGUGCUGUGACUGAAUGAUUGAACAGCGAAUGAAGACCUGGCCCUGUUUUUUGUAUUAGUAUUAUUAUACCGCAUCACCCAUGUAGAUGGGCUACUUCAACAAUAAGAGGGUAAAUCCUUGCUAACAAUCUAGAAACAAAGAGAAAACAGAAGAAGUGAAAGGAAAUAUCAUCAUAUGAGCUCAGUGAAUAGCUCUUCCCUAGUCACUCUUCUCUCUUUUUUUUUAAACUCCUGGGAUGAUAACACUGGCCUACCUUACAAUACCUUAUUCAGAUAAUAUACCGGUAAGUGGUACUCCCUGGAUAUGCAAAAUGCAAAAUUCCAGGAGCACAUAAUCUGUUUCACGCUGAGCAGGGGCAUUGAGGGAUGUCAAAAAAUAUCAAGAUGGCAGGCAUGACCAUGCACUCAAAAUCCCAUUGCUUUUUAAUGCACGUGUGAUGCAUGUUAAGGGUUGAAUCUUUGACUGUGCAGUCACACCUGCCAUUUUGACUUUUUUGAGCUCUCUGUGGAUGCCCCUGCUAUAAGCCACACUUAAUGGCCUGCCUUGACCAUGCUCUAAAAAAGUAGGCAGUGGCUGAGCAAAGUCGUUGAACCUAAAAUUUUGCAUAGAUAAAUAAAACUAGUUAAUAUAAUUAUUUCUCCUGUAAUUCCUAGUAAUUUCUCCUUUUGUCACAUUAAAAAAAAUAUGAUUUAGCUGGAUCUGUUAGAGGGAUUGUAUGAUGAAUAUCCUUGCUUUGCAUAGAAUACUAAGAAUAGUUAUUAAGGUUAUUAAACCAAUUGUCUGAUACUUCUGUCAGUUACUUAAAGUUCCUCCCAGCUGAUAAACUGAAGACAUGAUAGACUGAUGGAAUAACUCAUAUCCUCAGCUUUGAUUUAAUGAUUCUGUGCUUUGUCAAAAUUAUGAACUGAAAGCCAAUAAGACAAGUUCGUGCAUUUUUGAAGGCAUAUAAAAUCAAUUUUAUGGUCCACACUUUCAGUUCUGGCCCCAAAAUAAAUUAUGCAAAUGAAUGUAUAUUAUGUUUACUGACUUUGGGGGAUAAAUUACGUCUCUCUGGAACAAUUCUAACCUCCAAGAGAAGGUUUUCAAUGGAUAUUUUAAAAAUUAUAUGGUGGAAGAGGGCAAUGACAAACCACUUUUUCACUGUUAUCAAGAUAAUUGGUGCCUGAUGUCACUAGGAGUCAAAUUUUUUUAAAAAAAUAGUCAAAGAUAGAGGCAGUGAAAAAUGAGCUUAGUAUAGAACAGUGAUGACAAACCUUUUAGAGACUGAGUGCCCAAACUGCAACCCAAAACCCACUUAUAUGUCAUCGGGUGCCAGAUGGGCAUGCCCCAUUGGGUGGGCGUGGCUGCUGUGGUAACAGCA